CAAGAGCAGCCCCAGACUGGGAACCAGUAUUUGGAAGAUGCUUUGCUUCGGAGUUACUUGAAAACACACCUUCCUCCCAAGGUACUGGAGGAGGUGAAUCAGGACCUGGAGAGAUUUGGAAACCGUCUGCUAACCAAGAUCAAACUUCUAGGAUGGGAAUGCGAGUUAAACCCCCCUGUGUUUCGGCAGUAUGAUGCCUGGGGGCAGCGGGUGGAUCACAUCAUCACCUGCUCGGCCUGGAGGAGGAUGAAAGAGAUUGCAGCAGAAGAGGGGCUGAUUGCUGAGGCCUAUGAGAGAAGAUACUCCAACUGGAGCCGUCUGCAUCAGGCUGUCAAACUGUACUUAUUUUCAAGCUUCUCUGGGGGUUUCAGCUGUCCACUGGCCAUGACUGAUGGGGCAGCCAAAGUCAUUGAGUCACUAGGUAUUCCUGGAUCUCUGAAAAAUGCUUUUGACCAUCUGACAUCCCGUGACCCCAAAAUGUUCUGGACCUCUGGCCAGUGGAUGACAGAGCGCAGGGGAGGCUCUGAUGUUGCUAACGGCACCAAGACGGUGGCCAGAAAGCAGCCAGAUGGUACAUAUCGUCUCUAUGGUUUUAAAUGGUUUACAUCAGCUGCUGAUUCUGAUGUGACAUUAACCUUGGCCAGGGUAGUGGAUGCUGAAGGACAAGUAAAAGAGGGUUCCAGCGGCUUGUCCCUGUUCUUCCUGAAGGUUCGAGAUGAGGAUGGGAAGCUGAACAGCAUCCAAGUGCAAAGGCUGAAAGACAAGUUGGGCACGCGGCAGAUGGCAACAGCAGAGCUAUGGCUAGAUGGAGCUAAAGCAGAGCUGAUCUCUGCAGAGGGUCGUGGAGUGGCCUCCAUCUCCAACAUGCUGAACAUAACUCGGAUCCACAAUGUCAUUGCUGCAGUAGCUUCCAUGAGAAGAAUGAUCAGUCUGAGCAGGGAGUACGCCCAUAGGCGGGUUGCCUUUGGGAAGCUUCUCAAGGACCAUCCCCUGCACAUGCAGACGAUAGCCCGGAUGGAGGUGCAGACACGAGGGGCGUUUCUUCUGCUUAUGGAAAUCGUUCGUCUGCUUGGACUUGUAGAAACCAACAUGGCAAGUGAGCAAGACCAGCUUCUCUUGAGACUGCUGAUACCAGUUGCCAAACUGUACACUGGAAAGCAGGCUUCUGCUGUUGUUGUUGAGGCAAUGGAGAGUUUUGGAGGACAAGGUUACAUGGAGGAUACAGGCUUGCCAGUCAUAGUCCGCGAUACUCUGGUGUUGUCCAUAUGGGAGGGAACAACAAAUAUCCUGUCACUUGAUGUCCUGCGAUCCCUCACCAAGAGUCAAGGACAGGUGAUGGCUGUGUUCUUCUCCACAGUGCAGAAAAAACUGGAGCUGGCUUCGAGCACUGUGAAACUGGAACCUGCCGUGAAGCAAAUGCGGGAUGCCAUCAGCAGUCUUGUGCAGUUCACACAAGCAGCUGGCUCAAAGGGGGCAGUGACCAUGGAGCUAGCAGCAAGAGACUUCUCCUACACACUUGCAAGGAUCUAUGCAGGUACUCUUUUAAUUGAACAUGCAGCUCGGCCAGAUGCUUCCUCCACAGAUAUUUCCGCUGCUCAAAGGUGGUGCAACCAGGAGCUGUGCCCUGUGGCCCCAGAGUUAGAGAACAGCAGCUACGAGGCUGAGGAAGCGCUCAUGGACAGCGCGCUGGUGUACGAGGGCAGCCCUGCCUGCGGCAGCAGGCUGUGA